AUGGCCUGGCCUCUUCCUGCACUGGUGGCCCUGGUGGUGCUCACCAUCAUGUCAUCAUGCUUUCUGGCCUGCAACCUGCCUCAAGCCCACAGCCAUGGGAACAAGAGGCCCUUGAUUCUCCUGGGACAAAUGAGGAGAAUCUCCACUUUCUCCUGCCUGAAGGACAGACAGGACUUUGGCUUCCCCCAGCAGGAGUUUGAUGGCAAGCAAAUCCAGAAGGCUCAGGCAAUCUCUGUCCUCCAAGAAGUGGCCAGGCAGACCUUCAUUCUCUUCAGAUCAGAGGACUCAUCUGCUGCCUGGGACAAGAUUCUGCUGGACAUCUUCUGCACUGGCCUCCAUCAGCAGCUGAAUGACCUGCAGGCCUGCCUGACCCAGGAGUCAGGGCUAGAAGAGGUUUCCCUGAUGCAUGACUCAAGACUGGCUGUGAGGAAAUACUUUCACAGGAUCACUCUCUACCUGAAGGAGAAGAGAUACAGCCUUUGUGCCUGGGAGGUUGUCAGAGCAGAAAUCAUGAGAUCCUUCUCCUCAUCUCAAAGACUCACAAGAAAGUUGAAGGACUAG